UUAUAUUUUUUGUGUGUUUGAUGGAUCCUCUUGCUUAUAAGGAAAUGUGUUUAAUUUUUUGCUUAUCCCUCCCCCCCUCUUCCUCCCUCCCCCUUCCCCUCCCCCUCUUCCUUCUACUUUACAUAAAUGUGCCAAACAAAACGAAUACCUUUUUCCCUUCACUUAAUAUACAUAUUCAUUUCCUCCUUAAUUUUAUAUGCUAAACUAGAAUAUAAAUAUUUAUCCUAUCCCUCCAGGUCUAAUUUAUUUAGCAAUUUAUUUAGCUGAAACUGCGUGUUUUUUAAAGGCAGACAAAAGUUUCCAGUUCUCCGUCCUAGUUGAUAAAACAAAAAAAAUUAAA